UAGGUGGCGAUACUCCUGCGUAAAUAAAAACAUUUCGUUCGACUGGAAUCAGCUGUCUAGUCGUGUGGAGUAAUUUUGAAGAGAAGUCGGUAAUAUCAUUCUAUUUCGGAGGAGAAAUAAUCAAUAAAGUAGGGUGAUCAAUAAUUAGUGUCCUAAUUCCGAAUUGUUCGUGGAAGUUGUAAAAUGAAUAGUCCUCAUCUGUCCAGAGGUGCUAAGCAACCUCCUCCACCAAGAGGAAGUAAACUGCGGGUGUACAGCAAUCGAUUUUGUCCUUAUUCGCAAAGAGUGAUACUGGUUUUAGAUGCAAAGAAGAUACCCUACGACAUAGUUAAUAUUAAUUUAUCAAGCAAACCUGACUGGCUGUAUGACAAAGUUCCUAAUGGGAAAGUUCCAGCUUUGGAAACAGAAAACGGAGAUAUUUUGUAUGAAAGUUUGAUAAUAGUAGAUUAUUUAGAUGAGAGAUAUAGCCAAUAUCCUCUGCAUCCUAAAGAUCCCUUGCAGAAAGCAAAAGACAGGAUACUCAUCGAACGAUUUAAUAAGGUGAGUUAUGUAUGUACUGCAUUCGAUUGUACUAUAUCAAUUAUAAAAUAG